CCACAAAAUCUAACCCUGAACAGCCGGCACUCGACCCUGAACGAUGCCUGCACCCCGCGAUCUAUCCAUACUAAGCCACUGCAACGUCUUUCAAGGUUCAGUCACGAUAAACAUCUGCCGGCUUCGGAUCAAUUGACAAGCAUCGUUUUAAUUAAGAUGGAGCGCACCGCCGCGCCGCUGCAAUUGCGUGUGCGAUCCCUCAAUUCAUCACAAUGGUUGCAUUCUCAAGGUUCUGCGCUGCGCUGACGCUGCUCGGACAUGGCGUUACAGCAAGUCGAGCGCUCACGAAGCGCAAUGAUACCGAAAGCUACUCAACGAAUUUGCUGCACGAGUCAAUGGACUGGCUGGACAUGUUCUACGACAAUGAGCGAGGGUACCUGUUCAGUCUCGAUUCGGCAACCUUGGUACACGAGACAAGAUCAAGCGCAUGGUAUGCAGCGGGCUUGUUGGCGAGGAACGAGGCAGAUGAUGCCGAACAAGCUGUGCGCAUCGUGACCAACAUUAUUGGAGGACAAUUCAAGGAUGAGAGUCAGCAAUGGUUUGGCGACUAUGAAAAGUACCCCGAAGAGCCUACCGUAGGAACCGAGCAGUACGAGGCAAAUAUUUACAACUCGUGGGAUCCAAACUGGCGCGGUUUCGUAGGCACAACAUUCGCUCUCAUGCUCGAAGAGUUCCCGCACCUCAUACCGCAGGAAACACAGGACUACAUGCUUGAGAGCUUGUUCAAUAACACUAUUGGAGACAGCUACCGCGUUGGUGGUGUCGACACCGACAACUUGUAUCCAGCGUACAGCAAUCCUUCUAUCAUGCGCGCAUUUGUGUCUGGCUGGGUCGGCCGACGAGCCAACGAUUCGAACAUGACCACCGCAGGCGAGUUAUACGCACAGGAAGUCAUUGAUCUUUUCAAACGAGACAACACUCUGUCAGAGUUUAACUCCGGCACCUAUGCCGGCAUUUCACUGUUUGCACUCACGCUUUGGGCGAAGUACCUGCCACAAGAUAGCGUGAUGGGUCAGUACGGCGGCGAGAUGAUCAAGUACACAUGGACGUCACUGGGCGAAUUGUACAACGCCAAUCUGAAAAACGUUGCUGGACCCUGGGAUCGCAGCUACGGAUACGACAUGAACAAAUACCUCAGCAUCCUCGCACUGCAGAUGUGGACACUGGUCGGCAAAGACAGUGCACCCAUGAACGCAAAGCCAUACGCCAUGGGUCACAAGAACGAUUUCGCCAUCUCCCCACUCAUCGCUAUCCUCGCACCUUUCCACAACACGCUCAUAUCUAAUAGCACUCUAUCCGCGCUCACCGCCUUCCCCGGAACCCACAGCGUCAAUACCUCCGCUUUUUCCCCUCCUUUCGACACCUACCCACGCAAAAUCACCGCAUGGAUCAGCGAUAACCUUACUAUCGGCGCUGAGAGCUUCUCAGAGAACAUCAUCGGCGGCCCGGCAAAGAACCCAAGCUCUUUCAACCCAGCUGUCGUACAGUGGAGCAGAAAGGAUGGCAGUGUCGGCUGGCUGAGUUUGUAUGCGCAAGUGUAUGCUCUGGAUGCUGAAACUGGGGAGAACUACCUCAGUCUCUCAUACCCACAAGGCAACUUCAGCAACGGCUUCUCAUUCUUGGUUGGAACGAACAGCUGGACUGGGAGGCGCGACGUUGCUUCUUGGGCUGAUGUUGAAGGCAUCAGUGUCAAUGUGACUGGUACGGUUGAUCAGAACUACACCGUCACGUUCAAUGGUGCGAAUGGUGGAGCUGGAGAUCCGAUCAACGAGUUCGAGUUUUGGAACUUCACUUACCUGAUGCCGCGGGGAAGUAUGGAGGUGCCAAGGGUGAGGCUGGAGUUCGAACUAGAAUAGUAAAAGAGGCACAUUGGUAGGAACUAUUACACUCAUCAUCAGAUUAGGGUGGUGAAACGCCCGCCAUCUUCUUUUUCGGACUGACUGAAUAUUAGUCUUCCCAGUUCGAACAAGUAGCCACAAUCCAGCCCGUGAUUGAUCAUGAUCACGUUGUACCCGACCGGUC